AUGCCUCGCCACGUACAUUACGAGGAUACCCGGCACUUGAACGCAACCCUUCUACACCUGAGUCGUCUGAUUCAUCGUAUAUCGACCAUGAAUCGAUUGAACGCGAGCUUCUGGAACAGCUUGAACAUCACGGACGAGGACAUCGAUUACGUGAACAAGUUCAUGGAUAAUCUGUCGAUCUCGUGCAACGACAAUUGCGAGCAACAGAUCGACUGCUACUGCAACGGGACCGUUCGGGAUCUGGCGAUCGAGUACAAGAAUUAUCACGGUUACGUUGCCUUGAUGGUGUGUUUGUUCGGUACCUUGGCCAACAUGCUGAACAUAGUCGUGUUAACGAGGAAAGACAUGGUCGCGACGCCCAUAAACCGAAUUCUCACCGGUCUCGCGACCGCCGACAUGCUCGUCAUGCUGGAAUACAUACCGUUCGCUAUUUACAUGUACAUCGUUCUCCCAAAGAGGCAGAUAUUUCCUUACGGGUGGGCGGUGUUCGUCCUCUUCCAUAUGCAUUUCACACAAUUGCUCCAUACCAUCAGCAUCGCCAUCACGCUCACCCUCGCCGUUUGGAGGUACAUCGCUAUUAGAUUUCCACAGUACAAUACUUGGUGUACCGCAGCUCGAUGCAAAAUGGCUCUAUGGAGCAGCUUUUUAGCGCCAUUUAUUGCCUGUGCUCCUAGUUAUCUCGUAUUUGGAAUAAGAAAGCAAACUGUAAAUGAGAAUGGCAUCCUGGAAAUCGCGUACAUAGUCGAUGCCGACUACUCCCAGCACAAGGACUUCUUCUACCAAUUGAAUUUCUGGAUACUAGGGGUGGUGGUGAAACUUUUACCCUGCGUCAUUCUCACUAUUAUUAGCUGCUGGUUGAUAAAAGCUCUUUACAGAGCGAAAGGGAGGAAGCAGGCUUUGAAGAGUUACAACCAGUGCAAGAACAUCGCUGUAAUGGGUAACGGUUUGAUCCCAAAAAGGCCGAGCAAAUCCGAGAGGAGAGCUGAUAGGACGACAAAAAUGCUCGUCGCCGUGUUACUCCUAUUCCUGGUCACGGAGAUACCUCAGGGUAUUCUGGGCCUUCUAUCCGGUGUUCUAGGCGAUUGUUUCUUUCGUAAUUGCUACCAUAAUUUCGGCGAGGUGAUGGACAUCCUCGCCUUGUUAAAUGGCGCCAUCAAUUUCAUCCUCUAUUGCUCCAUGUCCAGGCAAUUCCGCACCACUUUCGGCCAGCUGUUCAAACCUAGAAUCAUGAAGAAAUGGCAACCUGCCACGCAACAAACGGACGUGCAAAGCACUUACGUAUGAUGCAGGCUGAAAGGUCUAGAGACCACGCGUCUUUAGAGAGAUUCAGAGUUAGCGUUAUAAGUCUCUCUUGAAUAAUUUUUAAUCUUAUCCUUGGGAAUCGGUAUUAUGGUGUUACGGUAGCGUAUAUUACGUAAUAGAGAAUGUUGGAGAUGGAAAUGUAAAUCUGCAUCAUACACGAUAGAUGAUAGGAUGGAGUAUAAAUUUUUCUUCGCGUAUAAUGUGAUUCACCUCGAGUGGUGUUCAUAAUAUAAGUACAUUUUUAAUAUCUCACCUCUAAGAGGAAGAUCGAAUUGGUUGAUUUGCUGUUUCGAACUCCAUCUUGAUAUCAUCGAAAUCACGUAAUUUUUGCAAAUGCGUAAAGAAGGAUAAUAACGAAUUAUAUAUUCGAUAUUCGAAUCUUCGCGUUUCAUUUUAUCAAAAAAUAGGAUAUGUUCUUAAUAGACAAACGUGGAGAGAAAAUAAAAUACGUGAAGUAGGAGGACUUCAAUUUGUUCUAUCAAAAACAAAUGCUGAAAGUUUGAAUCCUUUCUUCGAGAAUCUCACAAUCAAUUGAACUUUAAGUUUCGAGCUAUUAUCGGGGCUGACAGUCUGUUAAAAAAGAUAAACUUGAUCUCCUAUUGAACUAAGGGAAACAUAAACUUGAUCCGUGCUCAAGUUUAAUCGAAAAUUCUGUAGCGUCAAUAUUGGAAUUAUUUUUCUUCUUUGCUUUUUGUAUCAUCAAAAAUAAUACAAUAAUGUUAAUAUUGUGGAAAACGAUCGCGCGAAUGUUAAUUAUUAAAAUUAAUAUUAAUGAUAUUGAUAUAAUAAUCGUUAAGAACGAAACGAAAUAGAGAGCAAAUAUGAAAAGUAAAUGCACGACGAGAUUUAUCAACAUUUAUUUCUCUUUUGUUUUAUUAUUCGUGUCAAUAAUAUUCGUGUAAUUUAUUAAUACACUAUUGCGUGACGUAUUUUCGUGUAAAUUUAGAUAUCACUGAGAUUAUAUAAGCUCAUUUGUAAAAUAAAUAUCGGAACGUUGGAGAGUUUCGUUCAAUAAAUUAUACAUCGUGAUAGGAAAGGAAACGAUGUUGCGUUAAUUAUGGAUACUCGACAACGAAUGAUCAUUUACGAGUUGCAUAUAUGCAAGUAAGAUGUACACCUAUGUUCAAAUAUAUUCGUAAGUAAUAUAAUUAUUCGUAAAUAAGUAUAACGGUAAUAUUAAUGUUGAGCUCAUAAUUAUUUAUAUAGCGUUUAAAUGUACAUGAAAUUUGUAAAUAUGUCAUCGAGAAAAGUUGCAGGGAUAAUUGUUUCUUCUCGUAUGAUUUUUUUGUAUGAGAAACAGAGGAUCGAUAGAUUUUUAGCUAUUGAGCCCGGCUGAAAAUCUAUCCUUCCUUUCAUUCGUAAACGAGAAAUUAUUUAUAGAUUAUAAAUAAACGUUUCUGUAUUAA